AUGUCCUACUUCAAGGCGUACUUGGGUGCUGCGAAUGAACUUCCAUCUACACUGGAGAGGAUUCCACGUACUCUACCGGCAAUUAGCGUGACAACCCUUGAUAUAAAAUUUAAAAACUUCUUUGCCUUGUGGCUGUACUACUUUAAUUACAAAUACCCAAACUUGCAGUUUCUGAGACUAGAUAUCUCAAUUGGAUAUCAUAACUGGUGGCCAGCAGUCCUGACACAAGACGUAACAUAUACAUAUCCCUUGAAUCCAAAUAGACUCCAGCAUUUGGAAACACUUGAGCUGAUUACUGAAGAAAUAUCAAUGAGAACUCAUCUUGUUUUCUGGCAAUUCAUAUAUCCAUUAAAAGCGCCUAUCAAAAAUUUAAAGUACAUUGCAACAUCAAGCCACAGUACAGCUCAGCACUAUGCAGCAAAUGUCAAAAGCUUCUUGCAGUCCUUUUCGGAAACACUCGAAACACUUUCGGUUGAAGGAAAACUAUUUUUUUAUAUUAAACAAUGCCCAGAACUUGAACUAUCGUCGUACUCUCCGUUCUUGAAAGAUCUUCACAUCAAGUCUUGUGGUUUUUCCAUUGAUCUAGCACUACGGGAAAAAAAGUGGGGAUUCCGCUGGGGAUUCAGCUGGAGAUUCAGCUUGGGAUUGAGCUGGCGAUUCUCGCGAAUCGCAGUGGAAUCUCUAGUUCCCUUUUAA